UAGUCCGCGCUGUUAAACCAGAUUAGUCCCGCCAAAAUAAUCUCGAAAUUUAAAACACAGAUUGACAUUGAACAUUGAAAGAUAGAAACAGAAAUUCAAUAUGAGCUGCGCAACGAGCACUGUAAAGUACUCGUUUUUCUUCUUUAAUGCAAUAUGGCUGAUAUUUGGAAUCCUAGUGAUCGUUUUCGGAGCCAGUAACUUCGGAGAGUUUGAGAAUUGGUUUGCUAUUUGCGUCCUGGUCGUGGGUGUCUAUAUAUUUUUGACAUCCCUUUUUGGCUGCUGUGGAGCCGUUCGCGAAUCACCGCGCAUGCUCUGGAUGUACGUGACGUUUCUGCUGGCGUUGCUGGUAGUACAGGUGACCGUUACCAUCCUAACUUCCAAAGAUGCGGUCAAGAAAGCCGUCGAGAAUCAUUGGAAACUGGAGGAGACUCAUCCGGGUAGCAUGGAUAGCAUUCAGACAUCUUACCAAUGCUGUGGCCUAGAUGGUGCCGCGGACUACCUGAAUAGCGAAGUCUGGAACCACACUGUACCCAACAGUUGUUGCAAGAAUAAUAGCUGUGUGAAUCCCCAGAAUCUUAAUCGGGAGGGAUGUCUCAAGAAAGUGGAACUUUCUUUUGAGGAUGAGAACUCGGAUGUAUUAAUGUGGGGACUGUUCGGAUUGAAUGGUGUCAUUAUCGUGUUGGACGCAAUUUUGGCCAUUCACUACACGAAUAGCUUAAAAAAAAACUCCCAAAAGUCCUGCCAUAGGAACAAUCCGUAA